AUGAUUCACAAUUUAACAAAUUGUAGUGGCUAUCCAAAGAAAUAUAGACAAUCAAGACAAAUAUAGAAAAAGUUUAAUAGAGUAAAUGAAGAAUAAGCAGAUUCUUAGCAAUUUUAGUUUAUAUUCAUCAAUUACUUAGCAUCCUCUGUCAUAUAACUUCUACUUCAAAGUAGGAAGAAGAGAAAAGAGAUCUAUCUAGAAAGAGAAAUAAUAAUGAGACCUAAGAAGACAGGUGAAAAGUUGAAAAAGAGUUAUAUCAAAGAUAAAAGUUAGAUUAUAGAUUUAAAGAACUAAAAAACCUAAUUGUGA